AUGAACACAAGCCAGCACAGCAAGGAUGUGCAUGAGUCCCACCCAGUGAUGCUUGCAGAGGCAAAAUAUUUGUUGGAAAGCCACAAGGAGCGCUUCCGUGCAGACUACAGGUCGAAUGCAUCCAAGACGUUCAGGUCUACGCUUGGGUAUCUGGAGUGCUUUUGCAGGAUCAAGGACAAGUCGAUGGCGGAGGAUCUGCGCACGAAUCUUGCAGGACUGCACUUUGACGAGAUGGAAAUCGCAUUGCUGGGAUCGUUGUUUCCACAGUCCGUUGAGGAGGCAAGGGCAUUGGUGCCAUCGCUGGAGUCGAAGGAUGAUAAUACCAUAAGCCAGGCUGUUGAGAAAAUACAUCAGAUGCUCUAA